UAAUCGUUCUUUUGGAGAAAAAGGGUCGACGGUUAAGCUUCGGAACAUGUUUUUUCUUCUAUUGGAACAGCCAAAUACUGCGUCUUUUCUCGUUGUCUUUGUUGUUUUGCAAAUGUUUGAGCUUACAUACUUAUGGAAGUUGUUUAUUUUCGCAGAUCUCUGAAGAAAUUAAAGAGCUUUGUUCUUUCUUACCGUCCCUCUACAGCUAGUGGGAAAUACUUGAACCAAGUUUACUUUUCUAAACUUCAGGAGCUGUUAUNUCAUAGCUAUUUGUCUUGUGCAGCUAAUUCGACAUUCCUAAACGCCCAUAAAUGUCAUUCCGGAGUAUUGCUCGCGACAUAAGGGAUAGUUUCGGGAGCUUAUCACGAAGGAGUUUCGACGUGAGGCUCGUGGGCCACCACAGGGGGAAAUCACAAGGCUCCUUUCACGACUUGAAUGAUGAUCAGCCUUUUGUAGUUCAGAAUAGCCAAUGGGCCAAUCUCCCACCUGAGCUGCUUUAUGAUGUGAUUAGGAGAUUGGAGGAGAGUGAGAGCACUUGGCCUGCUCGAAAACACGUGGUGGCGUGUGCUGCAGUCUGCCGCUCAUGGAGGAUCAUGUGCAUGGAGAUUGUUAAGUGUCCCGAAUUGUGUGGGAAGCUUACUUUUCCUGUAUCUUUGAAACAGCCGGGGUCUCGUGAUGGGACUAUUCAAUGCUUCAUAAAGAGAGACAAAUCGAAUUUGACGUAUCAUCUGUUUUUGUGUCUUAGUCCAGCUUUGUUCGUCGAGAAUGGGAAGUUUCUUCUCUCCGCAAAAAGAACUCGUCGGACCACUUGUACCGAAUACGUUAUCUCAAUGGAUGCCGAUAACAUUUCCAGAUCAAGCAGCACUUACAUCGGCAAAUUAAGAUCGAAUUUCCUCGGCACCAAGUUCGUAAUCUACGACACGCAGCCCCCUCACGCACGGUGCCAAGCGGCCCCGCCGCCGCCACCCGGGCACUCAAGCCGCCGCUUCUCCAAGAAAGUUUCUCCCAAAGUCCCGACUGGCGGCAGCUACAGCAUCGCUCACAUCGCGUAUGAGCUUAACGUGCUGGGCACGCGGGGACCACGCCGAAUGCACUGCGUAAUGCACUCAAUCCCGGCCUCGUCACUCGAGCCAGGCGGCACAGUCCCCGGCCAGCCAGAGCUCCUCCUCCCGAGGCCUCUCGACGAAUCUUUCCGCAGCCUCUCUUUCUCCAAGUCUCUCGACCGAUCGACCGAGUUCAGCAGUGCUCGUUUUUUUUCGGAUACGGGCCUUGUGGGCGUGGGCCCAGAUGAUGAUGACGGACCCAAGUCGUUGUCCUUGUUGCCUUUGGUGCUCAAGAACAAGUCGCCUAGGUGGCACGAGCAGUUGCAGUGCUGGUGUUUGAAUUUUCGUGGGCGGGUGACGGUGGCUUCCGUGAAGAAUUUCCAGCUCAUUGCUGCCGGUGGGCCGCCGCCAGCUGGCGGCGGUGGGGCGGUGGUGGGGGGCUCACAGCAGCAGUCGGAUCAUGAUAAGAUUAUUCUGCAGUUUGGUAAGGUGGGAAAGGAUAUGUUCACGAUGGAUUAUAGGUACCCGUUGUCGGCUUUUCAGGCGUUUGCGAUAUGCCUGAGUAGCUUUGAUACCAAACUGGCUUGUGAAUAGUNUUG